AUGGCAGCUGAGUUGAAGGCAGGUGAUGGUGCAACUGCUGACCAAGCAGUGGUGGAUGUGGUCGAAGUGCCUGCUUCUGCGGAAGCACCUGAAACAGCACCAGCCAAUGUGGCGGCAGCUCCUCAGGGAACUGCUGCACAGGAGGUACCAUCUGCACAGAGUCAAAUGGUGAAGUGCCGCCGUUGCUGCCAAGAGGUGGCCAUCGAAGACGCGAUGUGCACGCCGAAGUUCCGUCCGGAACUUCGGUACACAUGCAAGCCGUGUCAUGCGGUAUGUUCGCAACUGCAGAGGCGUGGGGUGGACAUCAAAGAAGUAUUGAACGAAAGUGCUGCAGUGACAUUCUUCGUUGAUGCGAAGAAUGAACGUGCCAACGGCAUGGAAGGUCGCCUGUGCUACACGCAGGCGCGAGCACUGCUGGUGCAGAAGAUGGUCGAGUCCACAGCUCACGUGGAGAAGGAUGGCAGCGAAGGAGCCUUUCAGCCUCUGUCACACUGGAUGUUGCAGGGAUACGAUUGCGAUCGUAUCGAACAGCUAGCAGAGCGCCGCGAGCAUCCGAUUCUCGGUCCGACAUUUCGUGUUGACAUAGACAAGAUGUCGAAAGAACAAAUCCGCACGAUCGUGGAGGAGCGUUUGCUCAACAUCGAAAGCCAGGCGCGUGAGCGCAUGCAGCGCAGGCAGGCAGGUGGCAGUGCUGGCUCCGCUUCGGCGCCCCAGGCGCUGCCAGAUCUGGGUGUGGAAGUCGACGACACGCCUGCGGCCAGAGAGAAGAAACGGAAGACACCGGAGGAGAAGCAGGCUGCUGCUGAGGCUGCCAAGCAGCAGAGGCAAGAAGACAAAAAGCGCCAGAAGCUGGAACGCAGCGCAACUUCUGCGGCCGCCAAGGUGCUGCCUCAGUUGAAGCGAUGUGCAGAGCGUCUGACUGCCUUGGUGGACAAGGUUUCUACGAUCGGAGCUGGCUUGCCAGAGGCAUCUGCACAAAAUGUGGCCAAUGUUCAGAAGACGCUGGAAGAAACGAUCAACAAUGCGACGCACAUGUUGGCGGCUGCUGCCAAAGGCCAUGGCCUGAAGCUGGAAACAGAUGCCUUGCUGACGGAGAAAGCGCUGAAUGGCAUUCUCAAGGAUGGCAACGCAGAGAUCAGAAGCUUGCAGUUUUACAUCCGUGAGAACAAAGAAAACCUAAAGGGCACUGGAAACUUCUUCGUGGCGUAUCAUCUCGCUAUGCCUGUCUUGUGUGCACUGACAGUUGCGCAGGCCGCGGCUGCGUCGCUGCGAGCGCAAUGUCGAAACGAGGAAGAGAUGGAGAAGAUGGCGGAAGAUUUGGAAGUCAUCAAAGAAGUCUUAGCCCAGGUGAGUGUCGACAAGACGUAUGUCCAACACUUCUCUAUGACAAAAUUCUGUGACCGUGUACUUUGGUCGACCCGUGGCCUGUUGCUUCAAUGGGACAUUCCAAGCACGUCCUUGCAGGAAGUGCCUGUGCCGCACAUGCCUGGAGCCAAAGCAGCUCUUCGACGUGGCGCCCAGGAGCCAAAGCAGCUCUUAUUAGAUCCAAUAGGAAACAUGAGCACGAGCAGCUCUUCGACGCACAAGCAUGCGGACAGCAGGGAUGUGGCCACGGCCAUGGCCCGCUACAGUGAAACCAGCAUUUUAAAAAUAAGGAAUUUGCUUUCCGGAAAGGGCAGCAGCAAAAAUAUGUCAGGCGCCUUCAAACGAAAGUUGCGGGCUGCUUUGGGGCCAUAUCGUGGCUGCUACAAAGAAGUUAGCAUCGUUGAAAGCGGAUCAGGACAGAAACACAUCACAUUCUACAUGGCAGAUGUCCAACGUCUGCUGAGUUUGUAUGUGCGAGAGUGUCCAGCCUUGCAUGCUUUGCUGAAAAGACAAGCAGCAAGGACUUUGGAGGUCUUCUUAGCGCAUGAUGAAGCUACUGCAGGGAACGUUCUCAACCCGCUGCAACGGAUGAAAACCUUGCUGGUUUACUUCACAUUGAAGCCAUUGUCGCCAUAUUUCGAAUCUGCUAGAGCAUGGAUGCCUCUGGCAGCCAUAACUCACGAACAGUUGCAGCAAUGCCCUGGUGGAGUGAGCGCUGUAACGGCGCGCAUUGUUGAAGAGUGGCUAGACCAAAACUUGACUGGCGAUGUGGUUGUCGCUGGCGACAUGGUGCCAUUGUCUUUGGCAAUAGUUGGAUUUGUCAGUGACAUGGAAAGUCAACGGGCUGCGUAUGCAGCUAAGGGCUCCGCGGCUUUGAAGCCGUGCCUGCAUUGUGGAAACUGCGUCAUGAAAGGCGCGUAUUGCGCAGCCGCGUCGCAUGAUUUCCUCACCAUAGAAGAAGCAGAUCUCAGGCGCUUCACCGCGAACGAUCCAACAGAUGUGGAGAGAUACAUUGUGCAUUGGAUGGCUCAAAAGGCAAACAUGACAAAAGCAGAAAUAGACCUCAGACAGAAAUGCUUGGGAUUCCUACUGGAUGAGCAUAGCCUGUGGGCUUACCCGAGGGCGCGCAGUGUCUGCAACAUCGGUAUUGCCAUCAACGAUUGCAUGCAUUCAUAUUGGGCAAAUGGCAUAUGCAAUACUGAGAUCAUGCUGGUGCUGAAUGCAGCACGAGAACAUACUGGAGUGGAGGUCAAAGACCUGUGCGAGUCCAUGGUCACAGCCGGCUGGAAAAGACAUAGCAAAAACGAAGGAAAGCAUUGGUGCAAGCGUCUCUGGACGCCUGCCUUGUUUGGAAAUGAAUACAAAGGAUCCGCCAGUCAAUGUCUCGCAUUGAUGGCUCUCAUCAGAUGGCAUUGUGAAACAGUUUGGAUUCAUGUGCCUGCUUUGAGACCUGUUGCAGAAUGUUUUUUGGCGCUGGCUCGCUGCACGGACGCAGUGAGAAGAGACAACAACAACAAUGACUGGUCUGAAUUAGAUGCCAGACAGGAAAUGCAUCACAGACUGUUUGAACAAGUGCACCCUGGAAUGAUGCGACCGAAGCAUCACCACCGCUUACACCUAGCGGAUCAUUUUCGCAAACACCGUGUCCGCAUUAGUUGCUGGGGUGUCGAGCAAGCGCACCAGAACUACAAAUCAGUGUUUGCAGACAAUUUUUUUCAGCUCCUACGCUCAGGAGAUGAAGCCCAUGCAUACAGUCAACAUCUUUUGCCCCGACUGUUGCUCAGGUCAAUAGAGAUUACCCGGGAGCAUCCGUUUGUUGAAAAUGGAUUUGCUCUGGUGUCGCCAUUCUCGGAAACUGAAGUGGAGUCGACCACGGGCUUACGCGAUGUGCAAAUCAGUCGCAGCUGUCGCCUGUUCUGCACUGAACUCCGUGAAGACUCCAUUGUGCUUUGGGGUGAAAGAUGUGAAAACGCUGGGAUUUGCCGUUUCUUCCUUCAGCGGAGCAAGAAACUUUUCAUAUACAUUGCACUUCUGGAACUGACAGAACACGGUGAAUCAUAUAGAUGCUUCAACAUGAACGGUGGCAAUGAUUUUGUCCCAUUGGAGAUCAUGCACAACUUGCAUCUCCCUGCCUUCACGAGCGCUGAAAGUGCUAAAAUCAUUUGUUUGUUAUGA